GGGGCCGGAGGCCAGCGGAGCUAGCGGCCACCUUGGCCGAGCGGAGCCGUUCGGCCGCCGCCGCCAUGUCGUCGGUGAGCCCCAUCCAGAUCCCCAGCCGCCUCCCGCUGCUGCUCACCCACGAGGGCGUGCUGCUGCCGGGGUCCACCAUGCGUACGAGCGUGGACUCGGCCCGCAACCUGCAGCUGGUCAGGAGCCGCCUGCUCAAGGGCACGUCGCUGCAGAGCACCAUCCUGGGCGUCAUCCCCAACACGCCCGAUCCGGCCAGCGACGCGCAGGACUUGCCGCCGCUGCACAGGAUCGGGACGGCUGCGCUGGCGGUGCAGGUGGUGGGCAGCAACUGGCCGAAGCCCCACUACACUCUGCUGAUUACAGGCCUGUGCCGCUUCCAGAUUGUGCAGGUCUUGAAGGAGAAGCCGUACCCUGUGGCUGAAGUGGAGCAGUUGGACCGGCUGGAGGACUUUCCCAACACCUGUAAAACAAGGGAGGAGCUAGGGGAGCUCUCGGAGCAGUUUUACAAAUAUGCAGUGCAGUUGGUUGAAAUGUUGGACAUGUCUGUACCUGCAGUUGCCAAGUUGAGACGUCUUUUAGAUAGCCUUCCAAGGGAAGCUUUACCGGAUAUUCUGACAUCAAUUAUCCGAACAAGCAACAAAGAGAAACUCCAGAUUUUAGAUGCUGUGAGUCUGGAGGAAAGAUUCAAGAUGACCAUACCACUGCUUGUCAGGCAAAUUGAAGGCCUAAAACUGCUUCAAAAAACCAGAAAACACAAGCAAGAUGAUGAUAAACGGGUUAUAGCGAUACGCCCUAUUAGGAGGAUCACACACAUCCCAGGCACUUUAGAAGAUGAGGAUGAGGAUGAAGAUAAUGAUGACAUUGUCAUGUUAGAGAAAAAAAUACGAACAUCCAAUAUGCCAGAGCAGGCUCAUAAAGUCUGUGUCAAGGAGAUAAAGAGACUCAAAAAAAUGCCUCAGUCAAUGCCAGAAUAUGCUUUGACAAGAAAUUACUUAGAACUUAUGGUGGAACUGCCUUGGAACAAGAGUACAACUGAUCGUCUGGACAUUCGAGCAGCCCGAAUUCUUCUGGAUAAUGAUCAUUAUGCCAUGGAAAAAUUGAAGAAAAGGGUACUGGAAUAUUUGGCUGUCAGACAGCUGAAAAACAACCUGAAGGGCCCCAUUCUCUGCUUCGUCGGCCCUCCUGGCGUUGGUAAAACGAGUGUGGGGAGAUCAGUGGCCAAGACACUAGGGCGAGAGUUCCACAGGAUUGCACUUGGAGGGGUGUGCGACCAGUCUGACAUCCGAGGACACAGGCGCACCUACGUGGGCAGUAUGCCUGGCCGCAUCAUCAACGGCCUGAAGACCGUCGGGGUCAACAACCCAGUCUUCCUGCUAGAUGAGGUUGACAAGCUAGGAAAGAGUCUGCAGGGCGAUCCUGCGGCAGCUCUGCUUGAGGUGUUGGAUCCUGAACAAAACCAUAACUUCACAGAUCAUUAUCUGAAUGUGGCCUUCGACCUUUCCCAAGUUCUUUUUAUUGCAACUGCCAACACCACUGCUACUAUUCCUCCUGCCUUGCUGGACAGAAUGGAGGUCAUUCAGGUGCCAGGGUAUACACAAGAGGAGAAGAUCGAGAUCGCCCACAGGCACUUGAUACCAAAGCAGCUGGAACAGCAUGGGCUGACUCCACAACAGAUUCAGAUCCCCCAGGUCACGACCCUUGACAUCAUCACCAGGUAUACCAGAGAGGCAGGGGUUCGCUCCCUGGAUCGGAAGUUUGGUGCCAUUUGCCGAGCGGUGGCUGUGAAGGUGGCUGAAGGGCAGCACAAAGACGCCAAGCUGGACCGCACCGAUGGGCCUGAGGGAGAAGGUUUCAGAGAACAAAUCGUAGAUGAUGCCAAACCAGAAUCUCUCAGUGAUACUACUGACCUGUCACUACCACCUGAAAUGCCUAUUUUGAUUGAUUUCCACGCACUGAAAGACAUCCUCGGUCCCCCGAUGUAUGAAAUGGAGGUGUCUGAGCGUUUGAAUCAACCAGGAGUGGCGAUAGGCUUGGCCUGGACCCCCUUGGGUGGGCAGAUCAUGUUCGUGGAGGCAAGUCGAAUGGAUGGCGAGGGGCAGCUAACUCUGACUGGCCAGCUUGGGAACGUCAUGAAGGAGUCGGCCCACCUGGCCAUCAGCUGGCUCCGCAGCAAUGCCAAGAAGUAUCACCUGACCACUGCUUCUGGAAGUUUUGAUCUUCUUGACAACACAGACAUCCAUCUGCACUUCCCAGCUGGAGCUGUCACAAAAGACGGACCAUCUGCGGGUGUUACCAUAGUAACCUGUCUCGCCUCGCUUUUUAGUGGGCGGCUGGUACGUUCCGAUGUAGCCAUGACUGGAGAAAUUACACUCAGAGGUCUUGUUCUUCCAGUGGGUGGAAUUAAAGACAAAGUGCUGGCGGCACACAGAGCAGGACUCAAGCGUGUCAUCAUCCCUCAGAGGAACGAAAAGGACCUUGAAGAAAUCCCAGGCAACGUGCGGCAGGAUCUCACUUUCGUGACCGCCAGCUGCCUGGAUGAAGUCCUAAACGCAGCCUUUGACGGUGGCUUUUCGGUCAAGACCAGGCCUGGUCUCCUAAGCAGCAGCAAACUGUAGGCUUCAAGUCCCUCUGAAGUGAAAGGGUACUAAAGAGCACUGACAAGGCUGAUUUUAUCCACGCCAGUGGGGAGAAGCAGAAUACCCCAUAUUGCAAGCAUAAUCACAUGAAUGAACCUCAAUCAAGUGGGGAUUGGUGUGUAUCAUAAAAUUUUAAUGUAAUAAAUUGACAAAUUGA